AUGACGGCUGGUUCAGUGUGUGUCCCUCAAAUCAUUCCCCUGCGGGUGCCUCAGCCCGGAAAAGCCAACCAUGAAAUUGAUAACAAUACGCUUUUGGAAAUGAAAUCAGACACCCCAGAUGUCAACAUAUAUUAUACCCUGGAUGGCAGCAAACCUGAAUUCCUAAAGAAAAUUGGUUAUGGUGAAAACACUACGUUGAAGUAUAUGAAGCCUAUUACUCUGCCUGAUGGAAAAAUACAAGUUAAAGCUAUCGCAGUGUCUAAAGACUGCAGACAGAGUGCCAUGGUAACAAAGAUGUUUCAGGUGGACUAUGUACCGCCAGAUACAGUCCCUUCAGAAGGCGAUCUGGAAAAUGUUCUCAAAGACCCUCCGGAGCAGGAACUGAAAAAUGGAUUUGUUGAAUCAAAAGGGAGGAAGAAAUAUAAGAAUGCUGAAAAUAAACUGGGUUGGAAUGUUAACCUUGGAAAGUUUCCAGACGUGGGUGAAAGAACUGACCCUAAAACUUUGAAAGAUCUUCGGUUCUCAGAAAGCCCACGGGAAACCCCAGCUUUCCGUGAAGAAUCAGGCUCUCGACCAGCCACCCAGCAGCCCCAGUUCCCUGGUUUUGCACAUAUAACUGGCCAGAAGAGUUUGACAAGCACAGAGAUGAUGAGGAUUCAAAGGGAGACAGACUUUCUCAAGUGUGCCCACUGCCUUGUGCCCCGCCCGUCUGACCCCUUUGCCCGCUACUGUCUAGAAUGUGGCUCUUCUGUCCCGCCCAUAUUUGGCUGUCGUCUCCCACCCCCAGAAGGAGCUCAGAUGGGCUUAUGUGCAGAAUGUGAAAACCUGGUGCCCGUGAAUACGCCCAUCUGUGUGGUCUGUGAGGCUCCUCUCACUCCACAGCUGCAGCCACAGGCCAACCUCCGCUUGAAGGAGAAAGCGAUCUGCCGCACCUGCGGCACAGGGAACCCUGCUCACCUGAGAUACUGUGUCACCUGUGAGGGGCCCCUGUCUUCAUCACAAGGGCCUGGUGUUGCAACUUGCUACUCCGUUUGUUAUAAAUGUGGAGCCAGCAAUCACCCAUCUGCACGAUUCUGUGGCUCCUGUGGUAUUUACGUGAAGUCCUUGGCAAGACCUAGUGUGGAGAACAGCUUGGCUCCAGCUGCUGGAGAACCUGGCCCUUUUGCUGAGCCCCUAACUAUUCCUUUUCCCAAGCCUGAUGCUGGGCCUAAGAAGGAUGUGGGCACACAGACCACGGGCCUGUUCUACCCGUCUGGGACCCUCCUGGCAAAAAAAGAACUGGAAAUGGCUUCUCAGAAGCAGAGGCAGGAGAAAAUGAGUGACCAUAAACCUCUCCUCACAGCCGUCAGCCCAGGGAGAGGUUACUGGAGAAAACAGGUGGACCAUAUCUCCGCUCACCUCAGGUCUUACGCUCAGAACAACCCUGAAUUCCGGGCCUUGAUUGCAGAGCCCAGGAUGGGAAAGCUCAUCUCUGCUACCGUCCAUGAGGAUGGCUAUGAAGUUAGCAUCAGGCUGAAUUAUAUUCAAGUCUCAAACAAGAACCUUUACCUGAACAAGGCGGUGAAUUUCAGCGACCACUUUCUGAGCAGUGUCACCGAGGGAGGGAACGGGCUGUUCGGCAGCGGGUCCAACCCGGUGAGUGACUACAGCCAGAGCACCCCAGACACCACAGAGAAAGUCACAAGGACCAAGAAUUUCAAGACCAAAACGUUUCAAGAGAAGCAGCAGCAGCUUACGCCUGAAAAUAGGCUUCUGCUGAAGGAGGUCCGACCAGUAGGGGAAGGAAGAGUGUCUGUGAUGGAACAGCUACGUGAUGAAGGAGCAGAUCCCAACUGCGGUGACAACGAAGACCAGCCCGUUCUGAGCCCGGCGGUCACGAACAAGCACCAUGAAGCGAUCCCGGUUCUCGUGCAGAGGGGAGCGGACGUGGACCAGCAGUGGGGCCUGCUCCAAAAUACAGCCCUUCAUGAAGCAGCUGUCCUUGGCCCAGCAGGAAGGGAGUGCAUCGCUGCCUUACUGGGAUGCAACGCAAGCGUUCAGAAGAACGCGAGAAACCAAACUGCGUAUGACCUGGCCCUGGAAACUGUGGAUGACCGUUAG